CCCACUACCGCGCCGUUGAUGGUAUAAAUCCCUACCUGCCGUCUGCUCUGCUUCUUCAUAUCAAAGAGAAUAUCUAGCACUAUCAGUGUCUGCAACACUUCAGCGCCAUGCUAUCCUAUCAUCGUGUCCUAGCAGCGUUCGGCCGGUCCGUCAACGACAAGACCUUGGAGUGCAACUGUGAUGUUCAUCCGUGGGAAAUCACCGUCAACGGGGAGAACUGGCCAGGAAAAAUUCGACUGAUUGGAUUUGUGGAUGUCUUUUUCGUCAUUGCUUACUCUGCCAACGAUUGCUUCAUGAAAGGGGUCAUUAUAUAUAAGGACCCCAAAGCCUUGGGACUCCUAGACGGACUGAGAGUACCAGAGCCGGCGAAAAGUGAUGCAGGUAAUGACAAGUUGUGGGAUGAAUACGGAUAUUAUUAUGAUUCGUCCGACUCGGGAUUUGACACCGACUCCGAUGAGGACAGAGAUGAGAACACCGAAGGUUCAAUGAAAGGCAAGCACCAAAAACAACAAAACAGAAGGGUCAAAUUUCAAGCGCGAAGCGUCUACACGGCCUCUAGCCUGGGACACGAAAUCUCCCUCAAGGCCACCUUUUCUACGAGUUCUAUUCAGACAUACACCGUCAAGGUCGACCGCCCUGCCAGCUGGGCAAUGAGUCGACGCAUGAAACGAGCGCUGAAAACUCAUGGAGUUUUCCGGUUGGUGCAGGAUGCACUGCGUGCUGGAAUAAUCACCCAUGGCCAAAUGAUGGGCCACGUAACGGGGCUUCUCUUUACAGGGGGCCGUUUUACCGACACCGUCUCCAGGGCCUUUCAGGCGACCUCGGGGGAUAGUGCGCAGCGUCAUACCUUGUCGAAUGACAACAUCUAGUUGGGAUUACACGUGGAUGGCGUAGCUGAUGGGCUUGGGGUUUGAUAUCAA